CUGUUGAAGCCAUGUUGAGAUGAGGUUUUAUCGCGAAAUUAAGAGGAUGAGAUCGAAAAUGUCGACGAUUACUGCUUUAGCAGAUAUCAGAUAACACUUUUUUCACUAACAUUAUAUAAUACUAAUGUGAUAUAUAUGCGAUUCUACUGCUUCUGCAUUUAAAGUGAUUCUUUUCACUUCUGCUUAUAUUUUCAGCACCACUAUGACGAGUAGUACACACGUAAGAAUAACAGGGUUGUGGUGGGGAUCUGAGCUCCAUCAACGUAAAGGUUUUGUGCCCACCAAGCAGCAAAGAACCCCACCAGUAUAAUUUUCAAGCCAAAAACACUAAAGCCCUGAAGUACAAUCAUUUUCCUACCACCAACAAAUACGGAGGAAGCCGCCAAUUCCGCAGAUAUCCCCAACUCGUCUCUUCCGCUAAGUUUCACAAAUGUUCGCAGCCAUUUGGAUUCGCGAAUACCCCGGAAACCGAUCUCCUUCCUAGCACCUCCAUUCCGCUAUAUAUAAAGUCCAUCCACAUUCCACUUUUUUUUCAGUCCUAACUCCCCGUACCGAUGUCUAGAGCCCUCACCGUCAAGUCGGUGUUCAAGGUUCCGGCUUUAAAAAUAGCUUCUAGGCACUUGUCCACCUGUGCUACCUACUUUCCCGGUGAGCCUGGUGCCCCCGUCAUCAAAACAUCAUCAGUUCCAGGUCCCAUCAGCCAGCAGCUCAACGACAAGCUCGGUCACGUGUUUGACAACCGUGCCACCUACUUUCUCACCGACUACUACAAUUCCAUUGGUAACUACAUCUCUGAUGCCGAUGGAAACUUGAUGCUCGACGUGUACGCACAGAUCUCAUCCAUCCCAUUGGGAUAUAAUAACCCCGAGUUGAUCAAGACCGCCAAGUCCGAUGAGAUGACCAACGCCUUGAUCAACAGACCGGCUUUGGCAUGUUUUCCAUCCACCGACUACUCGAAGAUUUUAUCUGAAGGGAUUUUGGCAGCCGCUCCAAAAGGCAUGUCGAGAGUGUGGACGGCCUUAGCAGGCUCGGACGCCAACGAGACCGCGUACAAGGCCGCGUUCAUGUAUCAGCAUACCAAGAGAAGAGGAGCCAGCGACUUUUCUGCCGAAGAAUUGGAGUCGGUGAUGGACAAUAAGGUUCCUGGAGCCUCAGAUAUGGUGAUUUUGUCCUUUGACAAAAGUUUCCACGGCCGAUUGUUUGGCUCUCUUUCCACCACUAGGUCCAAAGCCAUCCACAAGUUGGACAUUCCAGCAUUCAACUGGCCCAAGGCCCCAUUUCCUUCGUUGAAGUAUCCUUUGGACCAAUUCGAAGCAGAAAACAGACAAGAAGAAGAUAAAUGCCUCUCUGAGUUCGAGACCAUCAUCAAGAACUACAACGGCAAGGUCGCAGCUAUCAUCGUCGAACCCGUUCAGUCGGAAGGUGGUGAUAACCAUGCUACCCCAUACUUCUUCCAGCAGUUGAGAAACAUCACCAAGGAGAACGAUGUGUUGAUGAUUGUGGAUGAAGUACAAACAGGAGUGGGAGCUUCCGGCAAAUUCUGGGCCCAUGAGCACUUCGACUUGCCCUCUCCGCCAGAUAUGGUGACGUUCUCCAAGAAGUUCCAAGCGGCUGGAUUCUAUUUCAGUAGUGCUGAUUUGCAGCCAAAACAACCAUACAGACAGUUCAACACUUGGUGUGGAGACCCAUCCAAAGCGUUGAUUGCCAGAACCAUCUACACGGAGGUGGCCAAACACGGCUUGGUCGAGUCCACUUCUAGGGUCGGAGAUUACUUAUAUGGUAAGUUGGAAGCAUUGUCAGAAAAAUACCCAAUUGGCAACUUGAGAGGCCAGAACUUCGGAACCUUUAUUGCUUGGGACUGCAAAGACGCCGACCAACGGGCCCAUUUGUUGGGUGCUUUAAGAAACAAGGGUAUCAACAUUGGAGGUUGUGGAGACUAUUCCAUCAGAUUGAGACCUCCUUUGGUAUUCGAGCAGAAGCACGCAGACAUCUUGGUGGGAGCUUUGGAGGCAGUUUAUGCUGAGCUUUAGCUGCCUUUUAAUACGUAUUAUAGGAAUCCUAAUAGAUGUCAUUGUAAAGUCAUGU